UAGGUUUUGAGACAGCGAGAAAGAUCGACUCCCGAUCUAUAGUAAAACAAAAUUUUAUCGCUUGUUACUUUCUGUCUCACUCAGUUACUGAAGAUGAUUCUUUUAGAAAUUAAUAACAACAUAGUUGAAGAAGCAUUAAGGUCGAGACUAUCUAGUCCAAAACCAGAAGCAAUAGACAUCAAAGUAGCUGAUUUUGAUGGAUGUAUUUUUCAUGUUGGAAACAAAGAUGGCGAUAAAUCAAAAAUAAUUGUUAGUAUUUCAUUGAAAUUUUACAAACAGUUGCAACAGCAUGGAGCAGAUGAAUUAAUCAAGCAAAUUUAUGGUGAAUUCCUCACUCAACCAGAACCAGGCUUUGAUGUUACAUUGCUUCUUGAUUUGGAUAAACUACCAGAAGACAAAGAACCUCUUAUCAAAAAGAUUGGUUUAUUAAAGCGAAAUUGUUUUGCUUCUGUUUUCGAAAGAUAUUUUAACUUUCUUGAAAAAGAAGAAGAGAGUAAGGAAACUGCUGUAAUACAUUAUCGUGAAGAUGAAACAAUGUAUGUUGAGGCAAAAGCAGACAGAGUUACUAUUAUAUUCAGUACUGUGUUUAAAGAUGAUGAUGAUGUCAUUAUUGGAAAAGUGUUUAUGCAGGAGUUUAAAGAAGGUCGACGUGCCAGCCAAACAGCUCCACAAGUAUUGUUUAGCCAUAAAGAACCACCACGAGAACUUGAAGGAACAGAUGCUGCACGCGGAGACAAUAUUGGAUAUAUUACAUUUGUGUUGGAGAAGCGACAUACAAACCUAAAAGCCCGUGAAAACACAAUAAAUUUGAUUCAUACUUUCAGAAAUUAUUUGCAUUAUCAUAUCAAGUGUUCAAAGGCAUAUCUUCAUUCGCGCAUGCGUGCUAAGACUACAGAUUUUAUUAAAGUUUUGAACCGAGCUCGACCUGAAGUAAAAACAGUAGAAAAGAAAACUAUCACUGGUCGUACUUUCACUCGCCAAUAAAAACGCGAAAUAAUAAAGUGAUGAAUUGUUGGGCGUAUUAAAUGAAAUAAAUAAGUAAAUUUUGUAUUGUUUUUAUUAUAAUUAUUAUUGUUAAUUUAAUUACUUUUGAAAUAUUAUGUUGUUUGUAAAUAAGUUUUUUUUUUUUAAUGAGUAAAAAAGCUUGUAAAAAAGUCGAACUCUUUGCGUAAGUAUUUGUAGAA